CCCAUUUGCAGAGCCAGACAGUCAAUACUUUGAGCUACAAGUUUGGGAAACAGAUCGUGUUUUGGCUGACAUAUUUAAAAUGUCUCCGAUUAAAGACUUAUGUCUGGCUUGUGAAGCUAUCAACGAAGAAGCAACUUUUUCUGAAGGAGACACUGUCGCAGGCACAGUCACUUUCACUUUGAAGAAAAAAACCAAAGUGAAGAGUGUGAUGGUGAAAGCCAAAGGGGACGCGAACGUAUCCUGGUCAGAAGGCAGCGGAGACGACGAGAGAUCUUACACCGACCACAGGAGAUACUUUAAACUAAAAGAGUACUUAGUUGCAGAAGAUUCCGAAGGCACUGUUCUUCCCCAAGGAGUCCAUUGCUUUAAGUUCAGGUUUCAAAUUCCACAGGGGGAUAUGCCAUCAUCCUUCAAGGGGUUUCAUGGAAAGAUUGUCUACAUGCUUGAAGCCAAGGUGUCCAGGGGCUGGCUGAGGCGUUCUCGAGUACAAACAGAGUUCAAUUUUGUUUCAAAGUCCUUUCCACACCUUGGCCAUGGAAUGUGUCCCCAGUCUGGUUCAGUGGCUAAAGAAAUCGGGGUUUUCUCUAAAGGACAGGUCCAACUGUCUGCUACCGUUAACACAAAGGUUUGCUCUCCAGGUGACACUUUAUCUGUUGUUGCCAAGAUUUGCAACUCCUCUUCCAAAAAAGUGAAGCCCAAAUUCAGUUUACAGCAGAAAACAGUGUACCGCGCCAGUGGCUCCACCAAUUCUCGUGACCAAACUCUAUGCAAAAUAGUUGGAGAGACUAUCGCACUGAACUCAGAGGAAACUGUCUCCUGCCAAUUGAAGAUUCCUGCCGAUGCCAUUCCUACACUCCAUCAUUGUGAAAUCAUCUCAGUUGACCAUUACCUCAAGGUGUAUUUGGACAUCAGUUUUGCCACUGACCCAGAGGUGGUGUUUCCACUGGUCAUCGUUACUUCCAGCUUUGCCCACCCUUACCCUGGUGAGGCUGUGGGGCCUUACCCAGCUGGGGCCCCAAGUUACAGCGACUUCCCUCCCCCUGCUUUCCCUAUUGGUCCUUAUCCUGUACCUGCAGGUCCAGGUGCUUAUGGGUACCCAGCGUCAGAUCCCACUCAAAAUGGAACCAUAAGUGGCUGUAAUAAUCAGUGGCCACAACAGGCCCCUUCAUGUGGUUUUUCAACUACAGCUUCAUCUUUAAUGCAGCAACAAGCCCCUACUGCUCCGCCUCUAGUUCAACAGGGAGAAGAUCCUCCCUCUUAUAUGUCCCUUUUUUACCCUUCUCAGGACACUCUCAGUAGCACUGGGUCAGAGCACAAAAGCUGAGCUUCAAAAAGAAUACAAAUGUCCCUCCUGAUUGUUUAGAAUUGGCCUGAAAGUACCGAGCCCCGGAGAUGACAUGGAGGAAAAAAAAUAAAUAAAUAAAUACAUGUACUGGGGGCAAACAAAGUCAAGAUCUUGAGAGUGUUUUUUUAUUUGUUCGUUUUUUUUUUCCCCUCCAUGUCACCUCCGGGGCUCUGUAUGAAAGACAUACCAAUGUGAACUUUCUGGAGGGCUCCCAUGAAGCUUUGUGCUGGGGAGAGACAUGUGUGAUGGGUUUAUGGUGUUGUCAUUCAUACAUGGUUUAUUGUCUAUUUUGUUAUUAUUUUGU